UCAACGUGGGGGCGGGGCGGGGCGCGGAGCGCGCAUGCGCCACAGUGCCAGCGCUCUCCCCGGAUAGAGCGGGGCCCGAGCCUGUCCGCUGUGGUGGUUCCGCUCGCGCUCCCCCGCCGCCAUGUCGGCUACCAUCGAGCGGGAGUUCGAGGAACUGGAUGCUCAGUGUCGCUGGCAGCCGUUAUACUUGGAAAUUCGAAAUGAAUCCCAUGACUAUCCUCAUAGAGUGGCCAAGUUUCCAGAAAACAGAAAUCGAAACAGAUACAGAGAUGUAAGCCCAUAUGAUCACAGUCGUGUUAAACUGCAGAGUGCUGAAAAUGAUUAUAUUAAUGCCAGCUUAGUUGACAUAGAAGAGGCACAAAGAAGUUACAUCUUAACACAGGGCCCACUUCCUAACACAUGCUGCCAUUUCUGGCUCAUGGUGUGGCAGCAAAAGACCAGAGCAGUUGUCAUGCUAAACCGAACUGUAGAGAAAGAAUCGGUUAAAUGUGCACAGUACUGGCCAACGGAUGACCGAGAGAUGGUGUUUAAGGAAACAGGAUUCAGCGUGAAGCUCUUAUCUGAAGAUGUGAAAUCAUAUUAUACAGUACAUCUACUACAGUUAGAAAAUAUCAAUAGUGGUGAAACCAGAACCAUAUCUCACUUUCAUUAUACCACCUGGCCAGAUUUUGGCGUUCCAGAGUCACCAGCUUCAUUCCUAAAUUUCUUGUUUAAAGUUAGAGAAUCUGGUUCUUUGAACCCUGACCAUGGUCCUGCAGUGAUCCAUUGCAGUGCAGGCAUCGGGCGCUCUGGCACCUUCUCUCUUGUAGAUACCUGUCUCGUUCUGAUGGAGAAAGGAGAGGAUGUUAAUGUGAAACAAAUAUUACUGAGUAUGAGAAAGUAUCGAAUGGGACUCAUUCAGACGCCGGACCAGCUCAGAUUCUCCUACAUGGCCAUAAUAGAAGGAGCAAAGUAUACAAAAGGAGAUUCAAAUAUACAGAAACGGUGGAAAGAACUUUCUAAAGAAGAUUUAUCUCCUGUUUGUGAUCACUCACAGAACAGAACAAUGACUGAGAAGUACAACGGGAAGAGAAUAGGGUCAGAAGAUGAAAAGUUAACAGGACUUUCUUCUAAGGCUCAAGAUACUGUGGAAGAGAGCAGUGAGAGAGGAAGAGAUAUUCUCCGGAAACGCAUUCGAGAGGAUAGAAAGGCUACAACCGCUCAGAAGGUGCAGCAGAUGAGACAGAGGCUAAAUGAAACUGAACGGAAAAGGAAAAGGCCAAGAUUGACAGACACCUAAAUGUUCAUGACUUGAGACUAUUCUGCAGCUAUAAAUUUUGAACCUUUGAUGUGCAAAGCAAGACCUGAAGCCCACUCCGGAAACUAAAGUGAGGCUUGCUAACCCUGUAGAUUGCCUCACAAGUUGUCUGUUUACAAAGUAAGCUUUACAUCCAGGGGAUGAAGAACGCCACCAGCAGAAGACUUGCAAACCCUUUAAUUUGAUGUAUUGUUUUUUAACAUGUGUAUGAAUUGUAGAAAGAUGUAAAGAAAAUAAAUUAGGAGAGACUACUUUGUAUUGUACUGCCAUUCCUAAUGUAUUUUUAUACUUUUUGGCAGCAUUAAAUAUUUUUAUUAAAUAGAC